CAGCAGGACUGUUGGGCGGUUCGUGCACAAGAACUCACGCGGAAGCACGUUUAGAAACAAACACGACGUUACGCGCACGGGAACGUGACCGACCCCUCCUGUUGGUGUGAAUGCGCACACCCGAGAGGAGAGUUUUCUGCUGGAUCUUUGAAGCAGCUCCGUUAUUUUAGUUUGAACCCCAGAUCGAUGGUUUGGACUCAACUUUGAGAAGAACUUUUCGCGCACGCGCACACUUUAAGGACAGCGGCAGUCAUGGAGGAGAGCAGUGAGGAGGAGACCUGCAGCAUGCUGCCCAACCUUCUCCCUCUCAGCAGCGACAUUCGAACUCGCAUGGAGCAGUUUGUGCAGGAUCGCUUGGAGGCCAACAUGUGGGUGUCCGUGCUGCUGGGCGCCGUGGCAACCGUCUCUGUCGUUGGACUGGUCGUGCUUCUCCUCUACAGAAGAUACAAGCUGUCAAAGGAGGAGGCCGGCGCCCCACACUAUCGCUUCAGGAAGAGAGACAAGGUGAUGUUCUACGGUCGAAAGAUCAUGAGGAAGGUUCAGACGUUGUCCACAACUCCAGCUUCCAGAACCAGGAAGAGAACCAAAGUUCUGUCCAUCGCUCGCAAGAUCAUGAGAAUCAGGAAGGAGCCCCCCACCCUGCAGCCCAAAGAGCCUCCCCCCAGCCUGCUGGAAGCCGACCUGACUGAGUUUGAUGUGCAGAACUCCCAUCUCCCCUCUGAGGUGUUGUACAUGCUGAAGAACGUCAGGGUGUUAGGACACUUUGAAAAGCCGCUCUUUCUGGAGCUGUGCCGCCACAUGGUGCUGAUGCAGCUGCACCAGGGACAGGGACUCUUUCAACCCGGUGACACCGACGACAGCAUCUACGUGGUCCAAGACGGGCGCCUGGAGCUGUGCAUCCACGAGAGUGAUGGGACGGAAGCCGUGGUGAAGGAGGUGUUACCGGGCGACAGCGUGCACAGUCUGCUCAGCAUCCUUGACAUCAUCACUGGCCACCCGGCGCCGUACAAAACAGUGUCUGCCAAGGCGGCGGUCCACUCCACAGUGCUGCGCCUUCCCGCCAUGGCGUUCCAGGCCGUCUUUGAGAAGUACCCAGAGACUCUCGUUCGGGUCAUCCAGAUAAUAAUGGUGCGUCUGCAGAGAGUGACCUUCCUGGCCUUACACAACUACCUGGGCCUGACCACGGAGCUCUUUAACCCGAGAAAUCAGGGCAGGAGGUGGUCGCUCUUCAACAAGGAAAGUUUAGCCAUCUCUUUGGCAAAUGUGGCAAACGUCGUGGGAGAAGGCCAUCCACACCCGCUCAAAGCUGUCCGUCGGCAGCACUCUCAUUCUGACGACGCCGGCUCUGAGAAGUCUGACACAGAGAAGUCCAGCCAGUCAGACUCUUCUGUGUCAAAGUACAGGAAAUCCCGCUCCCUCUCCAACCCAACUGUUUUAGCAAGUGAAGCGUCGAUCAACACUAACAGAGAACAUUUCCAGACUAAUUUUAGAGACGAGGGUCUCUCUCAAAGUCCUGUGAAGUCUAUUCUGAAGAAGAGCGUGACAAUGCAGCCUGCCCCGUCUGCAGUUUACCAUUACAGUGACACCAUCGCAGAAAUCCCGCCCCACAAUAAAGUUAACGCCAUUUUUCAAGCUGCCAAAAAGGACCUGCUGCAGGUCAUCCAACUGCAGGACCCCAGCCUGCUGGAAGGAAGAGUGACUCUGCGACAGGUCAAAGCAGGAACUGUGGUGGCUCAACAAGGAGACCAGGACGUGAGCGUGGAGUUUGUCAUCUCGGGCGUCCUGCACGUCUAUCAACGCAAGAUCGACCGGGAGGACGAGUGCCUGCUGUUUGUCACCCACCCCGGAGAGAUGGUGGGUCACCUGGCAGUUCUGACAGGCGAGCCGCUCAUCUUUUCGGUGCGAGCGCAGAGAGAUUGCACCUUCCUGUCCAUAUCCAAGGCCCACUUUUACGAGAUCAUGCGGGAGGAGCCGAGGAUGGUGCUGAACGUGGCUCACACGGUGGUGAGGAGGAUGUCCCCGUUCGUCCGGCAGACGGACUUCGCUCUGGACUGGAUGGCUGUGGAGGCGGGCCGGGCUGUCUACAGACAAGGAGACAAGUCAGACAGCACCUUUAUCGUGCUCAGUGGUCGGCUGCGCUCUGUCAUCACAAAGAAUGAUGGGAAAAAGGAGCUGGCCGGGGAGUAUGGGCGCGGGGAUCUGAUUGGCGUGGUUGAGGCGCUGACACACCUGAACCGAGCCACAACCGUCCACGCCGUCAGGGACUCGGAGCUUGCCAAGCUGCCCGAGGGAACCCUGAACUGCAUCAAGAGGAGGUUCCCCCAGGUGGUCACCAGGCUGAUCCACGUGCUGGGGGAGAAGAUCCUGGGUAACAUGCAGCAGGUCAACGGACCGCUGACAGGUCGUAGUCUGGCCCUGCACACCCCCAGCACCAAGUGGGACAGUGGGAACCCAGACUCCAACCUGUGCACCGUUGCCAUCCUGCCCGUGUCUGACGAGGUCCCCCUCACUGCCUUUACUCUGGAGCUGCAGCACGCUCUCAGCGGCAUCGGCCCCACUUUACUGCUGACCAGUGACAUCAUCAAACAGAGACUGGGCUCGGCGGCGCUGGACAGCGUCCAUGAGUACCGUCUGUCCAGCUGGCUCGGCCAGCAAGAGGACAUCCAUCGCAUCGUCCUGUACCAGUCUGACUCCAACCUCACCCCCUGGACCCAGCGCUGCAUCCGCCAGGCGGACUGCAUCGUCAUCGUUGGGCUGGGUGAGCAGGAGCCCACUCUUGGAGAGCUCGAGCGAAUGCUGGAGAGCAGUUCGGUCCGAGCUCAGAAGCAGCUGGUGCUGCUGCACAGGGAGGACGGCCCGCCUCCCAGCGGGACAGCCGAGUGGUUGAACAUGCGCAGCUGGAUCUCCAGGCACCAUCACCUGUCCUGUCCUCGCAGGGUCUUUUCCAGGAGAAGUUUACCCAAACUGAGGGAGCUCUACCAGCGAGUAUUUGAGAAGUCUCCGGAUUGUCACUCCGACUUCUCGCGCCUCGCCAGGAUCCUGACGGGAAACAGCAUCGCCUUGGUGCUCGGAGGAGGCGGGGCCAGGGGCUGCUCUCAGGUCGGGGUAGUGCGGGCGCUUAGGGAGGGCGGCAUUCCCAUCGACAUGGUGGGCGGGACCUCCAUCGGCGCUUUUAUGGGAGCUCUCUACGCAGAGGAGAAGAGCAUCAGCCGAAUGAGGGUCCGGGCUCGAGAGUGGGCCAUGAACAUGACCUCACAUUUCAAGAGGAUCCUGGACCUGACCUACCCCGUUACCUCCAUGUUUACUGGAGCUGCCUUUAACUACAGCAUCAGCUCCGUCUUCAGUGACCGGCAGAUGUGGUCACGUGUCCCAACGCCUCCUUCACGGAUCUGGCAGAGAUCGUGUCGAGGAUCGAGCCCGUGAAGAACGCCGCCGUUAGUGAGGACAUCUCUGACGAGUAUCAGACGGACUACGACGAAGAGGCCGUGGAGAGCGCUCUGUCUGACUUUGAGGCCUUCACCCCCGGCAGUGAGCACACAGAGGGGGAGGACACGGCUGAGACUGAUGAAGAACUUCCAGCUCAGCACCAGCUUAAGGGCGCUCCUCAAAGAACUCACCUGUGAUUGUGACUCUGAUGACUCCGCCCCCUGCAGGAUGAAAGCAGUGUCGUGGCCGCUGACUGAUCUCACUUUUGCACUUCAAGCUGCUCUCAUGAAGGAGCGUGUACGGAAUGAUCGCAGCGUUUCAGUAGAACUCGUCUGGACUUCCCAGCAGGAAGGCUUCAGGAUCGGCUCUCGCCCAUCCCCGCAGUGCCUUGCUGCUUCACACUGACUGAAAGUGGAGGCCAAACCCCAGUUCCUGGAAUAAAAGCUUCACGGAUCAAAGCUGCUUCAGCUCUGAGUUCAAACAGAGCCUUUGUUUCAGCUGAGACUUCACUCAGAGCUGGAACUCAUCCGAGCUUCGGCUUUUCUUUGAAGACAUCCGAGCUCUGCUCUGACUGUAGAACAUGUAGUCCGUGUGUUGGACUUCCUUUUCAUGGAGGAAGCUCCUGACCUUCAUGUGACCUUCACAGCAGAAGCAUGCACCAGUCCUGAGUGAACCGCCUGCUGUGGAUUGACACUAACUCCCGCCUUAGCUUUGAGUGUGUCCGAGUCUGUAGGUUUGGUGGAGCUGUGCCUUUUUUCUGUGUGUGCCGCUCAUCUAACCCCAAACCCUCCUAAUGACUGAAGAUAAACAUUGAAUCUUUCAGUCGAUCAAUAAUGGUUCUUUUUCUCCGUAUUUUAUAAUUAUAUUGGUUGUAACUGC